UAAAAGGCUCCACACACACACACACAAGCACACACGCGCUCACACACACAGAGAAAAUCCUCUUGCCUGUUGAUUUAUGGAAACAAUUAUGAUUCUGCUGGAGAAUUUCUCAGCUGAGAAAUAGUUUGUAGCUACAGUAGAGAGGCUCAAGUUGCACCAGGCAGACAACAGACAUGGAAUUCUUGUGUAUCCAGCUGUUAUCAACAGAACAAAAGUCAAGUAGCAAACAGCAUCGCAGCAACUGAGCUUAUUACAACCUGUUUUUUAUAAGGAUACACCAACAGAGAGUUAUUUAAGGAGGAAUCCUGUAUUGUUAUCAGGAACUGAAAGGAUAAGGCUAACAAUUUGGAAGGAGAAACUACUCUUUCUUAAAUCAAUCUACAAUUCACAGAUAGGAAGAGGUCAAUGACCUAGAAGCAAAAAUCAACUCCAGAUUUAAUUUUCAUUAUGUUAUUCAUGAACACCCGGAGCACUACACUAUAAUGCGCAAAUGGAUACUGACAUGGAUCCUGCCAACUUUGCUCUACAGAUCAUGCUUUCACAUUAUCUGUUUAGUGGGCACUAUAUCUUUAGCUUGCAAUGACAUGACUCCAGAGCAAAUGGCUACAAAUGUGAACUGUUCCAGCCCCGAGCGACAUACAAGAAGUUAUGAUUACAUGGAAGGAGGGGAUAUAAGAGUGAGAAGACUAUUCUGUCGAACACAGUGGUAUCUGAGGAUUGAUAAACGAGGCAAAGUCAAAGGGACUCAAGAGAUGAAGAACAAUUUCAAUAUCAUGGAAAUCAGGACAGUGGCAGUUGGAAUUGUGGCAAUCAAAGGGGUAGAAAGUGAAUACUAUCUUGCAAUGAACAAAGAAGGAAAACUCUAUGCAAAGAAAGAAUGCAACGAAGAUUGCAACUUCAAAGAAUUAAUUCUGGAAAACCAUUACAACACAUAUGCUUCAGCUAAAUGGACACACAGUGGAGGAGAAAUGUUUGUUGCCUUAAAUCAAAAGGGGGUUCCUGUUAGAGGGAAAAAAACAAAGAAAGAACAGAAAACAGCCCACUUUCUUCCUAUGGCAAUAACUUAAUCAUAUAUGGUAUAUAAGAAACCAGUUCCAGCAGGGAGAUUUCUUUAAGUGGACUGUUUUCUUUCUCUUUUUCUUCUCUUUUCUCUUUUUUUUUUUUUUUUUAGAGAAACCAAGAAAGGCUGGAAAACUACUGAAAAACUGAUCAAGCUGGACUUGCGCAUUUAUGUUUAUUUUAAGAGACUGCAUUAAAGAAAGAUUUGAAAAAUAUACACAAAAAUCAGAUUUAGUAACUAAAAGUUGUAAAAAAUUGUAAAACUGGUUGUACAAUCAUGAUGUUAGUAAUAGUAAUGUUUUUUCUUAAAUUAAUUUACCCUUAAGAGUAUGUUAGAUUUGAUUAUCUGAUGAUUAUUUAAAUAUUCCUAUCUGCUUAUAAAAUGGCUGCUAUAAUAAUAAUAAUGCAGAUGAUGUUAUGUAAAAUAUGUCAGACCUAAAGGCUGCUGGAAUGAUUUGUCAGAUAAUCAAGCCAAUAUUAACUAUGGAAAGUGAGCAGUAUUUGAAAUGUUUUCUAGCAAAAAAGUAUAAUCCAUUUAAAUGCUAAUCAGAAAAGAAUGAAUAUUCUCAAAAAUUCUAUUAUGGAAUUGAAUCAGAUAGGCAGUUUUACAAACUAUAGGAUUAGAACAUGCUUGUACCUAUUAAUAAUAACAAAAUUCCUAAUGCUGCUCAAAUUGUAAGGAUAUUGCUAAAAGAAUGUUUUCAAAAUCUUGUACAUAAAAUAGCAAUAAUGAUGAUAAUACUGUACUUCAUCUCACUUGCCACAAAAUAACAUUUUAUAAUCCCUAAAAGUAAAAUUCGAAAAUCUUUAAGUUUUUUUUCCAAGUAACAUAAUCUAUCUUUUGUAUAAUUCAUAUUUGGGAAUAUGGCUUUUAAUAAUGUUCUUCCCACAAAUAAUCAUGCUUUUUUCUGUGGUUACAGCAUUAAACUCUAUUUUAAGUUGUA